AUGACCUCGCCAACCGAUUCCAGUAGCGAUAGCAGCGCGCCAUCCGACCCUACGAAUUCAAACGAUGUCCCUAAUAUCGCCGAAGAUGGCAAAGCGACAGACGACAAUGCCACUCCUGGAGAAGCCCCCAGGCCUACGGCGGCUGCGGCUGCGGGAAACCGUCCUCGGGCAAACACGACGAAGAAGCCAGAGCCUCCUACACUGCUCCACGACUUCCUUUUAGGACGGCCCUCCCCGGCGAGACUAGAAGCAGAGCGCAAGCGACGGCAAAGCACCGGCACAGUCAGAUCAGACAUUCGACAUGAUAUGAAACAGAACAUGGUACGAAAAAUACAGCAACCGAGUGGUGUCAAUGACAGGGUCAAGGCAUGGCAAAAGGCCAAUGCCUCCGCCAUGGCAGAUGCCGACCCAGAAGAUCUGGCCACGGAGCCAACGGAGCUUGCGUUUGCUGGAGAAGAGGUGGAAAGUGUCACAGAGGAGGAUCGGGUACGAAUCAAAAUGAGGCAGAAGAAGAGGCCACCCAAAAAAGUAGUCGUCCAUAACAACCAUGGUAAAGAGCCGGAAACAGCACCUCUGCCCCCUCCUAAGAAGAGGAUCGUUAGCGACGAUAACUGGGUCAGGCCAAAGGUUAGGAAGCCUUCUGUUGUUAGGAAACCUUCAGUUCGUAAGGUCUCGCCGCGUCCAAGGAAGCCGAGCAAUCCGACACCCCGAGUUCCAAACGGCUUUGCAUUUCGGGCGGUGCCCAACCCAUCUUUCCAAAGUAAAGUCAAAGCAUGGGCCGAAAAAGUCGUCACGCCGCCUGCACGGAGCCGUAGAGGCUCAUUAUCUUCGGAGUUGUCGACUUCCUCCGAGGACGACGAGGAAGAUAGCGAUGGUGGAGAAACAGAAACCGAACUCACUGCGAAGAAACCUCUCAGGCCUAGCACUGACGAUGACGAUGGGAUUCGAGUGCGCCCAAUACGAAACAAGCAAAGCGACGGCGAUGGAAUUCGGGUUGCUCCGGUGCAAAACAAGCAGCCAGAUGAUGGCAUUCGAGUCAAACCUAUGAAACCAUCGUCAGCUGCAGCUCCGGAUGACGGUAUCAGAGUUAAACCUAUGAAACCUUCGUCAACUGCGGCCCAGGAUGAUGGUAUCAGAGUUAAACCUAUGAAACCUCCGACAUCUGCAACUCAGGAUGACGGUAUCAGGGUAAAACCAAUGGCCGACUCCAGAUCAGAACCUGGGCGCGAGAGAAGCAAAACAGCCGGUGCUGCACCCAAAAAGCACACAAUUGAUGACUUGAUCAAGGCUGUCGAGGAAGCGACCCAAUUAUCAAUGUCAGACCUUGAUACCCCGCCCCAGGGAUCGCAGCAGAAGCCUCGAUCCGGCGUGAAAAGGAGUGGGACGAAGCGUCCCAACGUUAGAGCCAAAUCGGUAGACGUUGGUUCCCGUGCCAGGGAAAUUCUGGAAUCAGAUUUGGGCACAUCCUUAUCAAAUAAAUCUUUGGCUGACAUCCCGGGGGAUAUCCCAUUUGGGCAUUCUGCCUUUAGUGAGCUGGAUUUGCCUCUACGGGGCCCUCCCAAGAGCAGGCCAAAGCAACAACCAAAGCGCUCAAAAAUGGAGAGAGCAGCGAGCCUGAAAGCCAUGCCAAACGUGCUGAAAAAGGUGGUAGAGGAGGGCAGAAAGAUUAUUCAAGAUCUUAAUGAACCACCACGGCAUGCUGUACCCAACAACCCUCCCAGCAUUGAAAAGUGGCUCAACAACACUGUUGAGCCCUAUGACAAAGACAAUAGGCCGACGUCGCCUGCAUCCACAUUGACUGACGAGGACGACGAGGACGACGAUGUUACCAUUGGAGAGGCCACACCCAAAAAGGUAGCACCCAAAAAGACAACACCCAGAGAGACCACGCCUCGAGGAACCACAUCGAGGGAUACCGCAUCGAGGGAAAUUAAAUCUAGAGAAACCGCGUCUAGGGAAACCUCGUCUAAAGAAACCACACCUAAAAAGGCCACGCCUAAAAGGAAACCAUCGGCUGAGACAAAGACCUCAAUGGCGUCUGAUUCGCGUAUAGUCUCAAAUGUUACCUCUGAUCUCACUUCCAAUGUUACUUCCAGUGUAGAAACAGCACAAACAGAGGAGACGGUUCAAAGUGCCCCUGGCUCUGCAAACUCAACGCCUAAAUCAGGGGCAUCGAAGGAGAGGGAGCUUUCCAAAAAGAAAUCAUCAUCUUCAGACGGGCUGAGGAGGAGCCGAGCUACAAGAGAUUCACAAUCUCAGUCAAAAUCAGGAAGCAAGAGACGGCCAUUCCUUGGCGCUCUGAAGGAAGCAUUUCAAGGAGAAUCUGCAGAGCUUACGAAGCCGGUAAAGAGCUACCAGAGCCGCGAAGAGCGCCGAAUCGAAUUUGAAUCUUCAGAAGAUGAAGAAGAGCUUGACGCGGAUUCCCAGUACAUGCAAUCUAACUCUGAUUUGAGUAGCUGGGUUACUACGGACACGCGCUCAAGCACUGAUAGGGAUUCAUCUGUCCACAGCUCAAGAGGAACACCACACAUGGCCGGACCGCGCCUCCGGCCCCCUACAAAAGGCCAGUAUGAGCUUUCGACAAUCCUUUCCGCUGGUUCUAGCGUUAGCCAGUCGGAAACAGAGUCAGAUAUGACAGAAUCGACUCUCACUCGGUCGACGACAGUCACAAAGUCGGCUGACCCGAGAAUCCCACAGCGGCAGGGCUCAGGGCUCAAGAGAAGGCUAACAAAGCACUCUGACCUGGUUUCUGUCCUAUCGUUGCCUGACGAUAAGGAUGUUCCUCAAGGAAUCAUGAAUAACAGGUCAAGGCCGAGCUUACGAAAGGCUCGCGGGCUGUCCAAUGAUGUAACUGCCGAUGAUUUGCUGAAAGAGUUUGCCGAUGAUGAGAACCUGUAUCAGCGAGAGCUCAAGACUUUGGUCGACGGCGUGGUACCCGUACUUCUCUCACACGUGGUAACCGAUACUUCCCCCAACUCUUCCCCCAAGGUCAAGGUCGACACUACCUCCAAGUCAGUAGUCGAUAUGGGAGUCGCCCUCGAAAAGCUCAAAACCGCACAUUCGAAAGCUCCUCUUACAGAUAUUCGCCGGAUGGCUAACUGGGCUCACGGCGUUGUCCCACUGUAUAAUAACUACUUGAGUGUCUGGAGGCUGGGCUUCCAGGACUUGAUAAUCAAUCUCGCGCCACGACGAGGCGUACCAGAAGGGGACGACUCUCUUCUUGGUGCCCUGCCCAGAAACGCAAAUGGCGAUCUAGUCAACGACCAAGGAGAGCGAGUGGCCGUCGCCUACCUUUUGAAGAAGCCGCUCCUCCGCGUGAAACAGAUGGCCAGACUAAUUGUUUGUGUCGACCAAAUGUUUUCUUCUCCCGAUACUAGCCAGCUGGUCAAAGAUUUUGAGGCUUUGCAAGAAAAGGCACGCCGACGCCACAGAGAAGAAGUUGCUAGGAUCAUUGACGAGGAAGCCAUCAACACGGAUACUACAAGAGCUCGAGACCUCAGAACGCUUGGCCCGACCAAGUCCAUUACUAUCGAGGUAACCCGUCAAGUCAGCGCCAAGGAUAUUUUCUCGCUUGAUAUUGCCCACUCCAACGGCCAAAGGUUGGAAUGUCAGGUGGAACUAGUGCACCGAGAUAAUCAAAGCCAACAUGGAGAUCAAGGAGAUCUUCUCAUUCGAGAAGUGGGCGACGGCCGACGUUCAUAUCUUCUUUUCCCGCCCAUUUCCAUGUCUCUUGUCUCUGCUCGCUCAGGAGAUGGAAAGCUGGACUUGGUACUUAUGGUUCGCGGUAACCACAACGGGAAGCCAUGGCAUGAGCUGCUCAAUCUAUGGGCAGAUGAAGAGGAGCAGAUUCUAGACUGGCUGGACAUUCUACCUUCAUCUCCCGUCCCACCCAGAGAGCCUGAACCCAGCAUCCUGGAUGAAUCUGAGCUUGGAUCGGACGCUCCUGGUAGAUUACCGGAUGUUCCAGUUGGCGUUCAGAGCAUGCUAAGUGCGGCAACUCGAUCCGAAAUCACCGAAGAUGAUUCCGGCAGCGAACUAUCAGCUCCGCCGACUCCUACGCGAGCUGCGCCUGGAGCUCCUGGUAGAGAAAAACAAAAGACAUCCGCACAAGAAGUUGGGAGGUCUGGCUCUUCCAAGACAAUUCCUGUCAUUCACCACAAUGACACGCCGCCGCCGCGACCGCCUAUUCACCGAACUCUUAGCCCCACGCCCCAGCAGACAGCAAAGUCUCAGUCACUGCUUAAACCACCUGUCGACCACCAUGUCGCCGCCGGGCUCAAGAGGAUAGGUUCCUCUCCUCUCAAGCAUGAGUACUUACCUUCCGAGGUUUCUACUGCAUCUGGCUUGUCUUCUUCUGCUGUAUCCUCGAUAGUGGAAGAAGGAGAGGAAUCGGAAACAGAAGAUGACGACCUGUCUGGAACAGAGUCCGAAUCUGAGUCGUCUGACGAAGAAAUGGAGAGCAUUGAUGUUCCUCAGACUGAGCUUGGUUAUAGCAUAAAAGAGGAUGAUCGGAGAAGAGGCUCCAAUGCUCCUUCAUGGACCCCAUCGUAUGCGCCAUCGUAUACUCACGGAUCUGAAGUCAGCCUGACGCCGUCCAACUCUGCUUCUCAAGCCGGCCUUCAUGGACGAAAGCCAUCGUCAGAGAAUGGUAGUGUUGCAAAGUCGGGGCGAUGCUUAGCCACCAUCUCCAGAUGGUCUGACAAGGGUGCUUGGAAGGACAUUCAUCCUGAUCACUGUUCGAUUACUGUCUCCGAUGGUCUCAUUGAGGCCUUCACUUUCAGAGAUAGCAACUAUACCCAGAUGGAUGACAAGCCCAUCAUCGCACUGGAUCUUACUCCCCUGGUAUUGAUUCGACAGAGCACUGCGGUCGAUCUUGAAAUUAGGUCUUCAUUGCAGGGCCACUGCAAGCUGGCACCAGUUUACCAAGGCGGCAACUUCCGCUUCCGCUGCUUGAAUGGCCCUGAAAGUUAUCUUCUCUAUACGGCCGUGCACCAUGCUCGUCUCAACAACCAAAAGUAUAUCCAGCUCGAGCAAGAAGCCCGUUUCAGAGGCUUUGGAGAGCGACCAGCCCCUCCUCAAGAUGGAGACACGAGCAGCCGCCGCCGCACCUGGUUCGGUAGGAAGAACAGCUACCGCAGCUCAGUCAGAGCACCUUCGCAGUAUCAAGAUGGUGCCAGCACCACACCGUCUUCCGCUCAGUCCGCAACCAGUUUCCUCAAGAAGCUCACUCUUGUUGGAAAUCUGUCUUUCAAUCUCGCGCGAUCAUCGAUUGACAAGCGCGGCGGCCGAGGUGGAAGCGGCAACAACAGCCUCUAUGGAUCUGGCUCUUCAUCAGGAUACGGAACGCCUCGAUCGCCAUCUGUGAGCGUUGAUCACAGCGGCGCGGGCCCUGUGAACAUUGACGCUGAGAAUAUUCGCAUUCGGCUACAUCUUCUCGUCUCGUCUGCGAAGUGGGAAGACUAUGGCAACUGCACCCUGCAAAUCCGCCGACCACCUCCUGGUUGGCGUCAGGCCCUCCGAGCAGACCACGGCCUCGAAAAGAGAGUCACGGUCACGACUAUACCAAAGAAGAGCUCUGAGAAGGCUAUCAUCCUACUGGAUGCUGUUCUUGGAAGUGGAUGCUUCACGCCUAUGGGUAGUCGAGGUAUCGUCUGCGGCGUCUGGGAGGAAGUGAAGAGCGGCGACGGCGUCAUUGGAGGUGUUCCAGCAAAUGGAGCCACGGGUGGAAACAUCAAGAAGUGGUGCUUCCAGUUUGCCAGCGUGGCUGAAGCCGGUUGGGUGAUACGGCUUGUACACCAGGAGGUCAUUACUACAUGA